UCAAUUUGACAUUUGUAUUGUCAAGUCAGCAGGAUUUUAUUGUCAACCACCUGCUAUGUAUUUGGGUGUUCUACUAAAUACUUAUUGCCGGAAUAUUAACAUUUGUUAUAUUAAAUAUAAACAGCUGUGCGUUUGUAUUGAUUUAAUAAUUUUAUUCUCUAAUCGAAUGUUUUCCAUCGAGUACAGUUGAUCGCGACAAGUGAUUCUGAAAUUGAACAGGUUAAGUGGUUCAGUGAUUUUCUGACCAAACUCCUGUCUGGAAUAAGUCAAAUGUCAACUAGUGGCUGUUUGAUAUAAAUUAGAUUGUAAUGGAAUCCUUCAGGGUAAGAUCAUUGUAUGAUUUCACCGGAGAACCAAAUACGGCAGAGUUGUCAAUCUCAGCUGGUCAAAUCCUGACAGUAAUCAGAACUGAUGUUGGAGAAGGUUGGUGGGAAGGAAUCAACGAAAAUGGUCGCUCAGGUCUAUUUCCCCAAGCUUAUGUUGAAAAAAUUGAUUUUACUCAACCUCCGGCUGCACCUCCACCUACUCUUCCUCCCCCGAAUAAUGUGGGAUGGUCUGGAACUCAACCGGUUCCAGUUCAAAGUACGGUUUCACAAGAAGACGACUGGGAUGAUGAUUGGGAUAAUGAUGAGACCUAUAGUGAAAUUGGUGGUAAUAAUGUUCCUCCUGUCGAGAAUAUCUACAGCAAUGAUAGGAACUUGAAUUCAAAUAAUCUACCACCAGAUUUUCCUGGAGAAAGUAAUUUAAAUAUUGACGGUAAAGGUUCUGUUACUAAGAAGAGUUUGAACAGAUUUUCUUCAUAUGUGAAAUCUGGCCUAGAAAGUUAUAUUCUUGGGACGGUUAAUCCCACAUCAAAUUGCUAUAAGAUAAAAAUACGAAAAGAAAAUGAGACAAUACGAUGGGAUCCUAUUACGAACCCUUACACAGUUCAAAUUGCAUCUCCAAAGAAAGCAAGCAAAAUGGGAGGUCUCAAAUCAUUCAUUGCCUAUCAUGUUACACCAUCAUUUUCAGGCAUUGAAGUUGCUAGAAGAUAUAAACAUUUCGAUUGGCUGCAUGAUCGAUUAAGAGCAAAGUAUAAUAUUAUCUCCAUACCCCCCUUACCAGAUAAACAAGUAUCUGGCAGAUAUGAAGAGCAUUUCAUAGAACAUAGAAGAAUGCAGUUGCAAGAAUUUAUCAAUUACAUGUGUAGGCAUCCUGUUUUAUCACAAAGUGAGGUAUGGCACCAUUUCUUGACAUGUACAGAUGAAAAGCAGUGGAAACAGGGUAAAAGAAAUGCAGAAAGAGAUCAAAUGGUUGGUGCUAAUUUCUGUUUGCAAAUUGAUGCCCCUGAUAAAGAAUUGUUAGCAUCUAAUGUUGAAGCAACUAUGGAAAUGAAUAUAAAUAGUAUUAAUCAAAUUGAUCAAGCUUUAAAAGGACUCAUGCAGACUGUUGUUGAUCAACAGAAGAAGUGUUCUAAUAUGUAUAAAAGAGAAAUGCAAAAAGUUGGUGAGAGCUUUUUUGCUUUAGGUACAGCUUUCGAGUCAGCUGAAAAAGGAAUGUUUUCAGAUUUUACCACAGACAUAAAAAGAAUGGGAUCGACAUAUAUGACAAUUGGCAAACUUUUUGAAGAUCAGUCAAAAGUUGACUGGCAAAGUCUAGCAGAUAAACUUUACAUAUAUAAAGGAAUCACUGGUUGCUACCCUGAUAUAUUUUGUCUCCAAAGAUCAGCAGAACAGAAAAAGAGGGAAUGUGAAAAGAAUGUUCAGGUACAACAACCUCAGUUGUUAGAAAUUAGAAAGAGAACAGAUGUUCUAACUUACGCUGUUUUCGCUGAAUUGGCCCAUUUUCAUUCAGAGAAAGAUGGAGAAAUUAAGCAAGCUAUGAAAUUGUUUCUUCAAGAACAAGUGAAUUUUUAUAAAAAUAUUGUAAGCAAAUUAGAAGAUACUCUACAGCGUUUUCAAUGAAACCCGUAAUUAAACUUAAAUGAAUUAUCAGAACUUGCCUUUCUGAGCAAACUGGCUGAGUCACUCCAAGUAAUGCUUGUGGUCUUUGAUGAUGAUGUUUAAAUACAUAUUUAGAAUAUAAAAAUUGAAGGAAUUUCUAGGUUUCUGAAAUUAACAUUUGAAGAUGUAUUUCAAACAUAUUUCACUUUGAUUCUAGCAUAGAUUUUGCAAGUUUGGCUGUGUUUUAAGAAGUAUUCCAUACCCUUUAUAUUAAGUGUGAUAACCAGUUUGUUCUAAUUUAUUUUCAUAAGUAUAUAUACAUCCAAUAGAUAUGUACAUUUUGUAAAAUUAUACCUGGAAAUAUCCCAAAUGAAUGCUUAUGAAAUAUGUCUCAAUUUUUAUCUUUCUAUUGAGAAGAUUUAAUUUUCUUAUGACCAAUUGUUUAUCAAAUGGAUUAAUUUAUAUAAAAUUAUACGAAAUAUCCAAAUUCACCUCUUUAAUGUUUUAAUUGUUCAGUAUAUUAAAUUAUAUCAUGAGUUUGAUUAAAUUUGAAAUUUGUUUAUAAUGAUCAAAUGAGGAGUAUUGCCAUUUUAGCUUAUAAAUCAUAUGAUCAAUUUAUUCUAAUUUAUUGUACCUAUUUGCCUGACCAAAAUUUUUCCACGUAUCUGUACUAUCCAUCAAAUGCAGCUUGAAUUAUGUACUCAUAUUAAUGUCAUGUAUUAUUAUAUACAUAUUGUCAGGUUUUCAUAAAAUUGUGAAAAUUGUUAUCCAAAUAGUUGUUUAUAAUUAAUAUUAGUUUUUCCAACAAACAAUUAAUACUUGUGCAUUUAGGCAGUUUUUAUGUAAUUUUGUUGAAUAUGUAUAUUUUAUUGUACCUUAUAUUAUUAUUUACUCUUUAUAAACAA